AUGGAUUUAGAUAGUAAAGCCUAUUCCAAGUUAAUUCAUGCACACAAUAGUAUUGGAGGCUCUGAAGAAUAUAUAAGAAUUAUUGUUGCAAUAUUGCCUUUAGCAGAAAGACAUGAUUAUGAAACACCAGAAAUGUGGUGCUCUCGUAUUCGUGAUCCAUUUAGGAAAAUACUAAAAGAGAACUAUUCCAAGGGAAUCUUUUCUAAAAAUGGAUAUAUUACAAUGUAUGGAAAGCUAUAUAUAGAUGAUAAAAUUCAUAAUCGUCUAACCAAUUAUAUAUAUUGCAGUGUAUGUAACUCCUUAGUUUUCAUACCUGCAAAUAGUCUUUUUGAGGAUCGCUAUGGAGAUAACCACUUGAAAAGAUGUAUUUCUGGAAAUACUAUUUCGAAUGAACAUGCAAGAAGAAAUGAAAUUCUCCAAACUAUUGAUAGAAGGGAAUUUCAGAUCUGGCAAUAUAAACAAUACAUAUUACAAAAAGAAGCUAAAAUUAAUCGUCUUCAGCUAGAGCUUUCAUCCCAAUCUAAUCCACAUUCAGAAAAGGAUAAAUUGGCAUCGGUAUCAUAUGAUAUUGAUGGAAAUUUUACGGCUAGCUAUGAAAAUUAUGCACAAUCUAAAGCAAAAGAUACUAUGCCAAAUGCUACAAAUUUCGAGCCAGCUUAUAUUUCACCUACUAGACAAGAAACGAUUUUACCAACUUCUUAUCAAUCAUCAAGUCCUAGCCAAAGGCGCUCAGAGCAAGGGAUUACAAGUGAAAUAUUUAUCUCAUCUCAGUAUGCUAAACAAAAUAACUUAUUACCAUCUAUAGACCAUCUUAAUCAGCCCGCAUUAAGAUUGAGAGAUAGUACAAAAAUCACAUUCGUUUAACGACUGAGAAAUAUAUUAAUUAUAGACUAUUGAAGAUUAAUAUCAUUUAGCUAAAAGCGCAAUGUAUAACUUAUACUUUAUUUUUUAUGCUAAAUAAUCUGCAUACAUGAUCGCCUAGUAAAAUUGGUUGAAGGCGCUAUACAUUUCAUGUAUCACCUGCCAAAUUUUUCAGAUUAGUCCUUAACCCAGAUCCAGGUUAAGAUCAUGCGCUUUCUGAAGAUUGAUAUAAAUUGAUCCAAGGGGUUCUCCCAUUCUCUUUUAUAAUCACAAAAAAAGAAUGUCAUUUCACAGAUCUCACCUAAGGCAGAGAAGAACAUGUGAAGAAUAUAAAGCUGAGCUGGAAGAA